UAAUAUUUAUCCUGCUCGUGCUUGGCGUCUUUUUUCGCCUAAUUAUUUGUAAUUUGUAUUUUAUUUCUUAGAGCAAUCAAUUUCAACGUAUUUCAUGGUUUAAUUAACUACACUAAAAUUUAUUAAAGAAAUAGUUCACUUAUAGAUAAGGAAAUUAUAAUGAAGCUCAAGAAACUAAAAGCAGAUGUUGAGACACCAGAGAUGGCUCCUACCGUGCCUCCUCAAGCAGAGAUCAUUGAAGCUGAUUUAUAUAAGCGGUCUUACUUUGGACCCGAUGUGCCGACACUUGAACUUGAGUGUUGGGAAGAGGAACUUUCAGAAGCGCAGCUGCAAGCGUAUAAGAAUGCUGAUGAAGAAUAUAAAAGUAUUCAAAACAAGCUCGAUGUGAUAGUUAAAGACACUGGAGGAGAGAUUGUUUACAAUGGUGAUCAGUUUACAGCUUAUCAACUGCUUGGAAAGCAACCAGUCCUCAAAGAUUUGGAGAGACAGAGUGCUGAUAUCAUCAGGUCUCGAUCCCGGUCUCUUUCCAUCUGUAAAGAAAAGGAGAGAGAAACUAGGAGCAAAAGAGGGCGUCCAAGAAAGAAUCGAGAUGAAGACCGUGACUAUUCGCCAUCAUCAGAUAGAGGGAAAUCACCGGAACUGCGCCAUAAGAAGAAAAAGAAGGACAAGGAAAGAAAGAAAGAUGACAAAAAGAGAGAUGAUGAAAAAGAAGUCACUAAGACUAAAGAUAAAACCCUCGCUCCAUCUAAUGUACAUAGUGUGGUUACAAAUGUUCGCCCAUCUGAAGCAACGGCAGUUGGGGGACUGCUCACGGGUAGUGCUACUAAGACGACCGCAAUCGUUGAUCUAACCAAGGACGACGGGAAUAAGAAUGUGGCUGAUUCUCGGGAAGUGUCAUUUAAUAAGUUACAAGGCAAGACGUUCCCGUCGCUGGUGGUGGUGGCGCGGCCCUACCUGCGCUCCAAGGAGGCGCCGGCCGGCGACCGCGCCGCGCUGGACUGCAAGGUCAAGGCCGUGCUCAUCCACACGCCCAUGAAGUUCACCGAGUGGCUCAUCCAGCAGGGCCUCGUGCGCUCCGAGCAGUGGUGCGCGCUGCACCCCGCCAACAAGCUCAAGCUGGGCAUGUAUUCCGACGUGUCGAAGUUCCCGUACUCCGGCGGCUACGUGUGGAUAUCCGAAUGCUGUCCGACGCGGUUCGUCUCGGUGUUCUCGAGCUCGAUUUUCGAAGGGGCUACCUUCCCGCCGAGUGUACUGCUAAAGCUCAUAUACCACUGGGCGUGUCAGACGAACGUACAGAACGUCGUACAGUGGGUUAAAGUUGAUAAUCUAUAUGUGAAAGGGCUCUUUACGUGGUUAAGGGCUGUCUGUACUUCUGCUAUCCAUCACCACAUGGAUUUGUUGGGCGGUCAGGGGAAAAAAGUUGAAGUGGGUGUUAUUUCUUUGGGGACAACUAGUCACGACGGUACACAAAGACAGGUGAAGGUUGAAGUAUUGGGUGUGUUGGAUCCUGUUGAAAAACUGAUACGCCUCCGUGCUGUUGAACCUUUAGCGGAGUACGAGAAAAACUACAAAAAGCGUUUCCAGAAGAUUCUCGAACCACUUACAAAUUGGGUUCAUCCUUCGUCCAUUAUACUAACUGACUUAACAGUCGAUAAAGGGACAUUACUAUCCAUGGGCUUUAAGACUGUACACCAAGCAACAUCACAUUCAGAUCAGCCAACGAAAUAUAGUAAUGCUAAUAUAAUGGAGUAUUUGCGUCGCAUCGUGCCUAGAAUGUUCCAAAAUACACUAUCACUUCUUUCCAGACAGAUUAUACAACAGUUUCUUGAUGAACUUGUGUGGCGAGAAAAAUUUGGCAUAUCCCCUGGCCAAGCGUUCGAUAACAUCGUAACCCAUAUCGCUGAACAAACAAAGAUGGACGCUAAAGACCCCAUCACCAUUCGACUGAACAAGAUCGCCGCCAAUCCGUUCAAGAACUGGAAGUAUCCUAGCAAGAAAAAAGAUCGCGUGGAAGAGCCCGAACCCGAGCCCGAGGUUCGCAGUAAACGCGGCAGGAAGAAGAAGGAACCGUCUCCAUCUCCUCCGCCCAAGAAAAGAAAGAAGGAGAAGACCACCUACGUAGAUGAUGAUGAUGAAGAAGAGAUUCCUUUAUCGCUCCGUCGUACGAAGAUAAAGCAGGAAAAGACAAAAGAGAAGGAAGAGACCCCCACACCGCGUCGUCGGAAGACUGUUCGCUCGUACGUCGACGAUGACCUCGAUGAUAUUCCUCUAAAGAACAUUAAAAAGGAGAUCAAGCCCGACGAGACGGUGUCGCUCGAGCGGUUUUACUUCGGACAGACUAAGGAAACGGUCACGGAGAACGUGGCUAUUGCAGUCGAGUGCCCGCUGUGCCGCGAGACGUUCCACGAGAGCCAGGCGCUGCUGUGGCACGCGUUCGCGCACGCGGCGGCGGGCGCGACGCGCUGCCGCUACUGCCUGGCGCGCUUCGCCGCGCCGCCCGCGCUCGCCGCGCACCUGCACGCCGCGCACCCCGUCGACACCAAGUCGCCCGACCUCUUCACCUACGCCUGCCUCAUAUGCGAGGUGCGGUUCGCGGCGGUGCUGACGCUGGCGGCGCACAUGCAGAAGGCGCACGCGCCGCGCGAGCUGCCGUACGCGUGCGCGUGCGGCCACCGCGCCUCCGCGCACCGCGCCGCGCUCGACCACCGCGACCGCUGCCACGCGCGCUCGCGGGACCUGCACUGCCCGCACUGCCUCAAGGUGAUACCGGUGUACGCAGACGGACACGAAUUGACAGCUAACGUGUUAAUAUUUAUUGAUCAUCUGAAACAACAUCAGGAUAAGGACCUGGAAGUCAGGUGCAACAGAUGCGUCUUGCGAUUCGUUCAUCUUGGUCAAUUAAAGGAGCAUCAAAUUCGUGAUCAUAAUCCUGUUGAUGAUGUAAUCCCACUAUGCUCCGAAGAACAUUUGAUCAAUAAACCCAAGAACAAAGCAAGACCACCGGUGAAGGACUCGACUAGCCACGCUAUCAGCGAAACGUACGAGCAGACGACGCUGAUACUGCCUGACGGAUUUCUGUGUCGCGAGUGCGACACUCCGCUGGAGAGCGAUAAGCACUUUUUAGGAGUGACCCGCUGCAGCCGCUGCCCGUACGCCACGUCGUGCUACCGCGGCAUGCUGCGGCACAGCGGCUACUGCGCCGGGCCCUUCUCGCUGGAGACGGCCCCGCGCCGCGCCGCCUGCCGCCUGUACUGCGUCUGCGGGUACCGCACCGACAUUGGCACAGAUAUGUUAAGUCAUCUGCUGGCAACAAACCAUACGAGUGCAUACACAUCAGAAGAGGAUGCUCGGGCUAACACUGUAAGGGACGAAAGCUUUGCUCCUAAGCCUUCUGAAGAGCCAGCAGAACCGCCCGUGGAGAACAUGCCAGCUAUACCAGACUAUGCACCACCCUCCGUUAUCAACACACAACUGUCGCUGGAUGACCUCGCACCUCCCUCUGUGUUGCAAUCAGAUCAGCAUGACCAGGAACUACUGAAGGAUACCUAUGACCGACCUCUGGCCACUCCUCGACAUGAAGAGCCACACUACAGCCUCGGAGAUUUUGAACCUCUCCCUCAAGAGCCACCUCCACAACCGGAUUUUGAACAACUAUAAUAAGCUGAGGCUCAAGAUACUAAUAUAUUAAUUGACUAUAUAGGGCGGUUCGACUCCUAAUUACGUUCCUUCAGAUGAGGGGUUCCGUAGGUGUAAUAGAUGACGUGACAUGAAAAAAAAUCGUAGUGCUUUUCUAAAUUUUACUUUAUCUCUUAAUAUAUGAGCUACUCUGGCGAGGUACUUCUGCAUCCAAUGAGCGUAAGCAGGCUAUGAUUCACAAUAAAUAACAUUCUACGAGGAAA